AUGGACGACCCGAUGUUGGUUCGUGUGCAGCUCAUCCAUGAGCGGCUAGCCAACUUGUUGAAACAAAGCGCCGCCAUGGAAGCUGUCACUGAAGAUGAUCUCAAUAAGCAGAUCCAAAAGGUAGAGGAGUGCAACUCCAAACUGACGCAAGAAAUUCAUUUUUAUUUGGAGAAAAGUAAACAACCAUCAAGCGAAAGUUUAAAAAUGUUCACCCAGACGCAGUUUCAAGCUGAAGAAUGGAAAGUAGAGAUGAAAAAUCUUAUAAAAGGUCACUCUUCGGUCACAAAGAGCACAGCCAAACUGCCGAAACUCACGUUACCAACUUUUAAAGGAGAUACUCUUAGGUGGGCCGAAUUUUGGGAUAGAUAUAAGAGUAAUGUACAUGACAAGGACUUACCAGAUUCUGAAAAGAUGGCAUAUCUUCUCGGCUGCCUGGAAGGGGAGGCUCUUCAGACAGUGGAGGGCCUCGGUAUAACAGCAAGGAAUUAUGACAUAACAUUAGGAAUUCUAAAAGAAAGAUUUGGGAACCAGCAAAAGGUAAUUGAUGCGCACUACGAUGCCAUCAACAACCUUCAAAGAGCAGCGCAUAAUGCCACAGACUGUAGAACGAAUUUCAACAUAGUAGAGAGGCAUUUGAGAAUUCUCCAAAGCUUAGGGGAAGUCAUAAAUGGUAACCAUUUAAGAUCGGCUAUAUUGUCCAAAUUCCCAGAGAAGGUGGUUUAUGAGUUGCACCUGUUAACAUUGACAGACAACAUAGAUAACAUACGAAGCGGUCUCCAAAAAAUAAUUACAGCAAUGGAGAUUGCGAAAGAAGUUCCAAGUAGUAGUGAAAAAAUCUCCACAGCUGCACUACAUAUUUCUGCCUACCAGCGGAAAGGGAGGCCGGAUAGCAGGAGGAUAUCACACAAAAAAGGAACCCUUAAAAGAAAACUACCUGACACGGAAAAGACGUCGAAAAAUAAGAAAGCUAAGAUGGCUUGCAUUUUUUGCCAAGGCGAGCACUACAAUGCAUCCUGCACAGUGGUUAAGGAUAUAAAUGAUAGGAAAAAGAAGCUCGGCAAAAGAUGUUACACUUGCUUCAAGGAAGGGCAUAGAGCUACAACAUGCCACAAUAGGAAGCCGUGCUACUUCUGCAAAGGAAGUCAUAAUCAAGCUUUAUGUCCACAAAAGCCAGGUAGGAGUAAUAAUAAUAUAGAAUUAUCUAUGGCAUCUGUGUCAUCAUCUAAAAAUAAUGACAUCAAUAUUAAACAUAAUAAUUGUUCUUACCCACAGACGGCAAUAGUGGAGGUGGGGCAGAAGAACUCAAAAAAGACUAAGACACGAAGACUGAUUCUUGACAAUGGCAGUGGUCGCAGCUAUAUUACCAGGAAGCUUGCACAAGAACUUGACUUAGCAGCAGAUCAGGAAGAUGAAUUGAUGGUAUUUGUCUUCGGUGCUGACGACCCCGUUAACAUUUCCAGCCCAUCCGCUGACAUCCAAAUCAGAACAAGAAGAGGUAUCAGAAGAGAUAUUCGAGUAAACAUUGUGCGCCGUAUAGCGAAUUAUCUUGGUCCUCCCAUGAGUAUGGAUGGAAUUCAUGGAGUAGAUGUUAUAGCUGAUGACGGGUCUGCUAGUGAAGAGCCACAACUUUUGAUAGGUGGUGACUAUUGUUAUUCAUUUUACAGAAAAGAAAUGAUAUUGCUGAAGGAUCACUUAUAUUUAAUUAACACAGAUUUUGGCUGGACAAUUGCCGGCAAGGUCCUACAAGAAGAGAAUAACAAUACACUAUCUGUCAUCAUGUACUGCCAAUGCCAAGAUUCAGUAAUACCCUAUUUUGUAACACCAGACUUGCCACUCCGGGAACCAGACAUCAGGUUUCUUUGGGCCUUAGAAAGUAUUGGGAUUGUAGACUCUCCUAAAAUAACUAGAGAGGAAGAAGCAAUCAAACAUUUUAACGAAACGGUCAAAUAUGAGGAUAAGAGAUAUCAGGUGAAGUGGCCCUGGAUAAUAUACCCACCUGACUUGCCCACUAAUUAUGGUCUUGCUUAUGGGAGACUGUCGAGCUUAAUUAGAAGAUUAGAACAAGAUGCCAUGGAAGAGUAUGAAAGCAUUCUGAAAGAACAACUGGCCGCAGGGGUUAUAGAAGUUAUAGAUCCUUCGGAAAUUGAUUCUAAGACACAUCCUGUUCACUAUCUUGCCCAUCAUAUUAUCCUUCCAAAGGGAAAGAAAGGGCGUGUGGUGUACGAUGGUUCAGCUAAACUUAAGAAUAGUAAGAGCCUCAAUGAAUGCAUGUACAGAGGACCUUCGAUGCUUGAAGACUUGACCGCUCUCCUUUUGAGAUUCAGAGUCAACAAAAUUGGAAUAACAGCAGAUGUUGAAAAGGCCUUUCUUCAAGUAGGGUUACAACAGGAGGAUAGAGACGUGACCAGGUUUUUAUGGCUUAAAGACCCCAAACAAGGAGUGACUGAGAAGAACCUUCUCCAUCUGCGCUUCUGUCGUGUCCCGUUUGGGGUGAUAUCUAGCCCAUUUUUGUUGACGGCUACAAUUCGACAUCAUUUGUCAAAGGGGGACCAGAACCUUAUGUCGAAAAUAGCAGAAAGAACCUACGUGGACAACCUAGUCACUGGAACAGACACGUUAGAGGAAGCUCGUGAUCUUGUAAACAAGACUAGGGCGACGUUCACAGAAUUGUCGAUGAAUAUAAGAGAAUGGACAUCCAACAACAAACUAUUGUUGAAAAGUAUACCAAAACAGUUUCGAUCAAAAGACACUGAAUCAACAAAGGUAUUAGGACUCAACUGGCACAUGGGAAAGGAUACACUGAAGCUAAGGGUAGGUGAUGUGCUCUCAGACACAAAGCAAGACAAAACAACUACAACAAAACGAGGAAUAUUGCGAACUCUUGCUUCAUUAUAUGAUCCUUGCGGAUUAGCGGCACCCUUAAUUUUGCCUGCGAAGCUCCUCCUUCAAGAAUUAUGGAAAAGGAAAGAAAAAUGGGAUUCUCAAUUGCCAGAGGACUUAAAGGAAGAAUGGCAGAAGGCAGUAAGUGCUAUAAAGACUGCGGCUGAAAUAGAAAUUCCUAGACAUGUUGGCCUGUCACCAAAUGAAGACACAGAAUGUGAACUUCAUUGCUUCACUGACGCAUCUAAAAGAGCCUACUCAGCUGUAGUAUAUCUGAGGUUAGUAAAUAAGAAAGAAAAGAGCACUAAAGUGAUGUUCAUCAUGGCUAAAUCUCGGGUUACCCCGAUAAACCACACAGAAGACCUCAAAAUACCAAAAUUAGAAUUACUUGGAUUUGUCAUCGGAAAGCGACUCUUAACUUAUGUAAAGAGCACCCUUAGAAUAGAGUUGAAACGACUAUGCCUUUGGUCCGACAGUGAGAUAGUUUUAUACUGGAUGAAAUCAGAAAAGUUAUUGCCGCCAUUCGUCUGCAGAAGAAUAAACGAAAUUAAACAAAAUAAAGAUAUAGAGCCUAGAUAUGUCAAUACAGAAUUGAACCCUGCAGAUCUAGCAACACGACCGGAACUUUGGCACACGAAGAAGGAAUUGUGGUUCAAUGGACCUCAAUUUCUUUCGCUGAGUGAGGAGGGCUGGCCGAAGUUGCAAGAACACAGCCAGUCAGCUCUUUUCGCAGGAACCGAUUCGACAACGGAUACCAUGGAGAUGGACCUAUCAUCUCAAGCAGAAGAAUCAAUCAGAGGAACCUUAGAACAGGAAAAUACGGAAGGAAUGACAAUAGAUAUAGAGAAUAUAGAAGACAAUGGCCAGAUGCAGGUUUCGGCUACCGGGGUUGAUACAAAUUGCACAGAGAUAAAGAAUUUACAAAAAUUAUACUUUCCACAAGAGGCAGCAGGAAAGAAAACAAGCCUAUCAAGGAAUUUAGGACUAUUUGUGGAUAUGGAUGGAUUAUUAAGAUGUGGUACAGUCACAAAAGAAAAUCUAAUUGAAGGAUGGAAGAAGGGUAGAGUGAUCCUAGAAGAAUUUAAAAGAAUGUUUCUGGGACAAUACCUCUGCAGUCUACGUGAAAGGUACCAACAUUCACACAAGGAACCCCGAGUUAAAACUAACCAAAGCCCUCAUAUUGGUGACAUAGUCCAGAUUAAAGGUGACUCUAAAAAUAGAGAGAACUGGAAGGUGGGAAAGAUCAUCAGUUUAGAAAGAGGUGCCGACGGAGAGUGCAGAGUUGCAAAGGUCAAUGUUGAAGGAAAGGAAUUUAUAAGGUCGAUAGGUCACUUAUAUCCACUAGAGGUGGAAGAAGCUACACUAGAAGAUCCAGGAACAGAAGAAAGAAUUCAAGUAAAUCCAGAUGUACGGGAGACAGAGGAAUCUUCACUACAAGAAAUCGCAGAGAUAUCUGAAAUAGAAACCAGAUGUCCUGAAAGGGAAUCAACAGAACAGAUGCCACAAGAAAUUGCAGUAGAGGAUGAUGUUAGAUUGGAGACCAAUGGUUCAGACAAAAUGCUCACCCCCGUAGAACGGGUGCAGAGAAAUGGUAGUGUUGAGCGUGCUAACGUGGUGACUGAAGGUGACGAAGAGGUAGAGAGAGUAGAAACUGUGUCAAAUGCCAAUGAAGAAAGAAUUAGGAGAGCAGCUGCUGUCCGGGCGAGAGAAAGGAUUGCCCAAUGGACUAGCCAGCUGAUAGCCCUGCUAUAG